CGUUUGUUUUGUCGCUUCUCAUUUCUUUCUGACUGCCUGAAAGGCAGGACGGCGUAGACUUGUCCUCUUCAGUGGCACCAUGUAUCUCCUGCUGGUUCCUCUGCUGCUGGUUCCGAUCCAAAUGCUCAAUCUUCCAGGGAAGGAAAGGCCAACGGCAAUGGGAUUCACGGAGGUGCUGAACAAGAGCCUUUGUCGGCCGAUUGAGCAGUAUGUGGAGGUGGAGAAGGAGUUCCCUAAAGAAUUUGAGGGUUUCUACAUACCUCGCUGCGUCUCACUGUUUCGCUGCUCUAGCUGCUGCCUUGAUGGGUCUCGGGAGUGCUAUCCUGUCGUUGAACGCAACAUAUCCUUGGAGGUGAGUUGGUCGCGUCAGGUCAUCAACCUCACGUUUGUGGAGCAUCUGGAGUGUGGAGUGAGGCCGAAACAGUAUCAAAAUAAUACAAGCAAUGAGGACUCUCUCAGGGACAGACCUCAAAGGAGGAAGAACAGAAGGAGAAGAUGUGAAAAGUAA